AUGGCCCAAUAUCUGAAGGAGACUGUUGCUCCAUUAUUAGCUAAGGGAAUUGCCGAAUGUAUUGAAGCUCAGCCUCAGGAUCCAAUAGAGUAUCUGGGGUUAUGGAUGCUUCAUCAACAACAAAAAGAACAAUUGCGGGAAAAGAGAAGGAAACAAGAAGAGGAAAAUGAGAGAAUUCUUAAGGAGUGGAUGGAAACAAAAGGAAAAUUAUUGGAAAAAGCUGUGGAAAGAAUACAAAACGUUGUCAGAGACUUUAUUCACAGACAACGAAAGGAUAAGGAAAGUGAACAAAGAAAAGUUGUUGCUUUGGAACAAAUUUGGAAAGAUUUAAUGUCUAAAGCAGCUGUUGAUCAAAAGAUACAAGAAAAUGAAGCUAAGGAACAUUCAGAAGCUCUUGCUGAAAAAGAAAGAGUUGUUCACGAAAAGAUGUUCGAAGCAUCAAAGGAAUUUAUCACCAAGUUAGAAAAGGAUAGAAUUACAUUAAUCAAGAAGGCAUUUAGACCACCAACUUUGGGAUCUCGAAACUGUAAAACAACAAUCGACGGUUGCGUUCUUGCUAUUCCAAUGGCUGGCCAACUUAGUCUCAUUCAGAGAAAGUUUGAUACAAGUUAA